CGUUAGCUGGAGAUUGGCACCAGCACCUCCUGACCCCAUGGAAUGGAUGGAAGCUGAAGUCUUCCUAUUUAUGAUGUUAUGAGUCCAAAGUUUACUUGUGGCAAAUACUUAAAUUUGUUGAAUAUUUUCUUUCUUUAUAUGAAAAUCUGCUGUUAAAACAAAUAAGUUCCAAAUCAUAGGUCACAUAGUACUACAAACACAAUGUAUAUGACCUUAAAUGUCUCAUAAUGACAAUGAAAAACUUUUCACCUUACCAAGCUUUGGGUUUUUUGACAGAUGUUGUGCAUUAAAAGGACAAUUACAAAAUUUUGAUUGGGCCAGCAGUUAUAAAACUUUUGGCCAUAUUUCACUAAACAUGAGCUCUUAAGACAUGACUGGAUUCUUUCUUGAUCAUGAACACAAACAAGACCUGUGGACCUGCACUGGACAAAGAAGGUUGCUAUGGUUACGAGUGGUAGAUCUGUCAGACUGGAAACAACGACUAACUAAGGCAAAAUAUGACCUUUACAGUGUUGGCCAAAUUGUGUUUUGUGGUUUCAAAACAAGGUUGAUUAGUCAAAGCUUUUCAACACAGUUUUCUUUGAUGACAUCUUGUGGUCAGUAGUAUGAACUGCAGUUUGGAUCUACAACCUAAAAUUAACGACUUCAUUCUAACUGUCCACUCAGAUUCUGCUUUAUUAUCACGUGACUCUUUUGUCUCAUAGUGAGUUUUCAUACAUUUUCUUUCAACAUAUGCUCAAAACAUAAUGCUAUGUGGUCCAUUAACAAGGCUACUGAUGACAAAUAAUCUUUUGUUGACUGAACCUAGGUUAUUAUGUCGUCAACUUUUGCUUCUGACUCUUUAAAGUUUGUAAAUAUGUUUGAUACAAUGAACAUUAAAACACACCAUAAGUCUCACCUCCUUAUUAACUAGUGAAUCAGGUAUUGAACAACCGAAGCAGUGGCCAUCUGACUCUGUCCAGACCAAUCAGGCCUCAACAGCUUCACACUGACCGCAGUAGCUCUGAAGUACAUGUACAUGUGGUCCAUCAGAUCAGCCAUCUUUUUACACAGACUUUGUUCCAGGAAAUACAUACAUCUGAUAACACGGUAUGACCGCCAUUUUCACACAUAUCCUCGCCCAACAACGAUGUAUGCACACACACACACACACACAUUCACACAUAGCUCAACCACACAUAAGAAAUGUGCUAAUAAGUUCCAACUGUGCUGCUCGGUCCCACGGUGCUGCGAUACAUUUUCCCAGUAGUUUUUGGGACAACCUCCUCCCAAAAUCCAACAGCAUGCAUAACUAUUCUGUCUCCAGAGCGGCCGUGCACAUAGUUUGUUCUGGGUGACUCCAUGUUGUCCUUUGAUGCAAACAAACCUAUUCAAUCUGCUGGUGCUUUUUGUUCAUUGUUCAAAUAUUAUUUAUAACAUAUUAUUAUAAAUUAUUUAUAUUAAGAACAGAACAUAAUACAUAUAAUAUGUUCCGUUCUUCUGCAGCAUAUAACAUGUAAGUGGGUAACAUCAGAGAGGAUGAUGGUCAGUCAGUGGCAGAAGUUUGAAGUUCCUGUUUCAGCAUUUCUCUUUCAGUAAGAAACUCGCACAUUUAAACAGGACUGCAUAAAAAUGAGAAUGGGCAAACUGUUCUUUGUCAAUUAUGACACAGCAGCUGCUUUUGUAUGUAAAUAUCAGCGAUAUGAAUUAAAAUUUUGUACUUUUUUUUGUGGUUGUUUUUGUGAGUCUACACAGAUUGUUGUGCAUAACCAAAGUUCAAAUAUCUGCAGGGAACAUGAAAUGCAAACCAGCAUCAAGUGCUGCAGUUAAAGUGGCUGAUAAGACGUGAAGUUAAUGUGAAAGGGAAGGAAACACAGAAAGGGGUUACUAAGAAGUAGAAGCAUGAAACUUAUUGAUGUCAUAUAUAUUUUAGACUUAACUUCUCCUUUUAUAUGAACACAAUUCAAACAAAGUAGAAGCCGUUCAGUUGAGCUGUGCAGUCGUUCUGGAUGCCAGGAUGAAACCUGCUCUGCUCUGCAUGCUGGGAUUUUCCUUGCUCAGUUCUGUGCUUCAUGGACGUGCUGAAGCGUCUCCCCCUCAGCCUGUCCUCUCUGUGUCUCCAUCAUGGCUGAAUCCUGGAGCCUCAGUGACUCUGAGCUGUGAGGGUUUGGAGCAUCAACCAGCAGGAUGGAGGUUCUUCUGGUAUAAAGCUGUUCCUGAUCCAUCCAAGUGGAACCAGAAACCGUUCUACAGCUAUGAGCUGCUUCCUGGCAGCACCAACGGGACUGAGCAGAACUUCAUCAUUGAUGGACCGACUCACACAGCAGGAUUUGUGUGCAGAGCAGGAAGAGGAGAACAACUGAUUUACACUGAUUACAGUGAACCAAAGCUUAUCUGGUCUGCAGAUCCUCAUCCAGCAGCUUCUCUCUCAGUGAAUCCUGACAGAGUUCAACACUUCAGAUCUGAGUCUGUGUCUCUGAGCUGUGAAGGAAACUCUGCUAAAUGGAGAGUGAUGAGGUUUAUGGAAACAGAACUGUCAAACUGCUCCUACUGGGGAAACCUGACUGGAACUACAUGCACCAUCAACCCAAACCGGUUUAAUAGUGGAGUUUACUGGUGUGAGUCAAAAUCUGGAGAGUUUAGCAAUGCUGUCAACAUCACUGUACAGGAAUAA